GUAUGAGCAAAAAAGUUACACUCUUAGUUUUACGCAUUAAUUUUACCACCUCAUUAAUUCCAGAAGCAAUCACCAAGAUGAAGACGGCUUUAAUUUUGCUCAGCAUUUUGGGAAUGGCCUGUGCUUUCUCAAUGAAAAAUUUGCAUCAAAGAGCCAAAUUAGAGGAUUCUGAAGAAAAUGGGGUCUUUAAGUACCGGCCCCGAUAUUAUCUUUACAAGCAUGCCUACUUUUAUCCUCCUCUAAAACGAUUUCCAGUUCAGAGCAGCAGUGACUCAUCUGAAGAAAACGGAGAUGGUGAUAGCUCAGAAGAGGAGGAAGAAGAGGAGACUUCAAAUGAGGAAGAAAACAAUGAAGAGAAUGAAGAUUCUGAUGCAAAUGAAGACGAAGAUUCUGAGGCUGAGAACGCCACCCUUUCCACUACCACGCUUGGCUAUGGAGAGGAGAUCACACCUGGAACUGGGAAUAUAGGUCUGGCUGGCAUCCAACUUCCCAAGAAGGCUGGGAAUAUAGGAAAGAAGGCUACAAAAGAGGAGGAAAGUGAUGAAGAAGAGGAGGAAGAGGAAGAAAAUGAAAACGAAGAAAAUGAAGCAGAAGUGGACGAUAAUGAGCAAGUCACCAACGGCACCAGCACCAACAGCACAGAGGUGGACUCUGGCAACGGCAGCAGCGGUGGGGACCGUGGAGAGGAAGAGGGCGUCACUGAUGCCAGCGCCAAAGGAACCACAGUGGCUGGAGGGCAGGGCAACGGUGGCUCUAAGGUCACCACCUCUCCAAAUGGCAGGUUUGUGCCUACGCCUCCACCCGGGGAGGUCCAUGGGACCACCCCGCCCCCAGCUGGGAAAACCACCACCCCGGGAUACGAGGAGUACGAACAAACAGGCACCAGUGAGUAUGACACUGGAUAUGAAAUCUACGAAAAUGAGAAUGGGGACCCACGUGGGGACAAUUUCCGAGCCUAUGAGGAUGAGUACAGCUACUACAAAGGGCGUGGCUACGACAGCUAUGACGGUCAAGAUUACUCCUACCACCAGUGAGGGCCCAGACCGGGGCGGACUCACCCGCGCUGGCGUCAUGCGUGGCUACCGUUUUCCAAGUUCAACUCAGGAAGGUGCAA